AUGGGUAACGUGAUGUCGCAGAGUUUUGCACCUGAGUGCACUGAGUUGAAGAAGGAGUACGACAACUGUUUCAAUGAGUGGUACAUGGAGAAGUUUCUGAAGGGUAAGUCUAUCGAGAACGAGUGCACGAAGCAGUGGUAUGCGUACACCGAGUGUGUGAACGCUGCGCUGGUGAAGCAAGGCAUCAAGCCCGCGCUGGACGAGGCACGCAAGGAGGCACCUUUCGAGCAAGGCGGGAAACUCGCCGGAGCAGACGACGACAAGAUAUAA